GAGGGCUCGUUCGUUCUCCUCGCGGCAGUGCCAGUCAGUCAGUCUGUAUGCUUUAAGCUGCUUCGAUGGGGGUGGGAGGAAACGGGGAGAGGAAGAGGAGGGCUGUGUUGUUUGUCGAGCCUGAGCGACCUGCUUGAGUUUGCUACCUGUAACCAUGGCUAGCAGCGACAGCGGAGACUGGAGAAAGCCGGAAUUAUGAUGAGGUUGCAGCUUCUACGCGGUAACAUACAAGGGCGGUGAAGGUAGCACUGUGAGGCAAGCAAGCAGGCCGCAGGGCGGGCAACCAGAGACGAGCGCGCGGCCGGUGUUUCAAUUUGAGCAUCAAGGCGAACACUUUUUUGGGUUCUGCGGAAAUUGUGGAACAUUCGGACAUCUCAAAGAUAGACGUGUAGGAGAAAGCAAUCUUCAAAGAAAAAGCCUGGGGAUUUACUGGCACUUCGGUGACCUGGAUAGCCUGGAGCAGCCAUUCACCAUGCCAGCCUUUGAAGAGGCUAGCGCUCUAACACUUUGAGCAAGUGUUAGAAAGAACGUUAUGGCAAAUAAAAAAGAGCCACCUUUCUUCAAUGAAGACAGCCUAGGAUCCUUCUACUGCAAGCUUCCAUUUUAUGAGACAAUGGAGUUGUUUAUUGAAACGCUCACUGGAACUUGCUUUGAACUGAGGGUGUCUCCCUUUGAGACCGUUGUUUCAGUGAAGGCAAAGAUUCAUCGAUUGGAGGGUAUUCCUGUGGCACAGCAACAUCUGAUUUGGAAUAAUGCUGAGUUAGAAGAUGAAUACUGCUUAAAUGAUUACAACAUUUCAGAAGGAUGCACAUUGAAGCUUGUUCUUGCCAUGAGAGGUGGCCCCAUCAACACUAGGAGAGUCCCAAUGGAUGACCCAAUUAAGGAAAUGGUGGAUUUUAUGGAUCCAAAUCAGGAAGAUAUCUGGGAAAAGACAACUUCAAAUAAGCAGGUGACCUUCCUUGUCUACCGAGAAGGUGACCAGCUCAAUUUCUUUCGUGUUGUGGACCGUGGUGAUGGUACUUUAACACCCAUGUCUGAAUCACUAAGUGGUGGAUCUGUUUAUAAUUUAUAUACUGAAGAGGAGGAAGAAAGUGAAGCUUCACCAUCUGGGCAACAGAUUAUUGAAAAUUCGAUCACCAUGAACAAAAUGAAAUUGCUCAAGGCAAAGAUGGAAAGUAUGAACCUCAGCAAAAAGCCCAAGAAGACUGCCAAAGUGAAGCCAAGGCCCCCCAUUGGUCCACGUGCCUCAAGUAGCCCUAUGAAUACUGCUCGUCAGCGCCUUUUUCGAGUCCUUCCUCACAUUGGCCAGUCCUUGAAUCCUGCAUCAUGUCUACCUCCAGUAGGUGACCAGAAUCCCUCAGUUGCUGCUUCAUCUGUACACUCACCAUUGUCAACACUUACUUCAUCUGGCAGCAGCACAGUUCCUUCUUCCAGCUGCUAUCUGCUAAAUGAAGAAGAAACCUGGAAGUGUCCUGUGCUUGGAUCACCAUUGACCAAAAUUAGAUCUCCUCCCAAAGUGUCACGGGUGGAACUUGGAAAUUCAAAACUUUUAAGAAAUUCUCUUCCUCCUUUAACCUCUCUAGAGGACAGGGAGGAAUGUGACAUCCUAGAAGAGACACUAGACUCUCAGAAAUACUCCCUACAAAUUGAAGAUGAUCUUGUGAGCAGUACCCAUGAGGAUCCUUUUGCUGUGGUAAGUGAAAGCGUUGCUGACUGUGAUCCAAGUUCAACUGUAAGCAUUGAGCUUGAACACACAAGUAAAGGACUGGGAUCAAUAGAAGAGGAUGCAGUUUUACAUUUUAUACCUAAGGCACUGAGCUCUGAUUCUAUGGACACAGGAGUUUUGAGUACUGACCAGACAUCAUUAAAGGCCGUUAAAGUGUUGGCUGGACUCCAGUAUCCGUCACAGCUGAGCACUAUUGGAAAAUUACAGAGACUUCCUAAACCUUUUGAGUACAGUGCUAGCCUUCGGCCUCAUAUGGCCCACACAAUGCUGAAGUCUGGGGAGCGCUCCAGCAUGCCAAGUGCUUCUCCUAUUCGAACUCCCAGAUAUCGUGGUGUAGCAGUGGACUCUACAGGCAAGCGGCCCAAUGUUCUUUCUAAAACGGAGGCAAGAGACAUAACCGAAAUUGCCAACAAGGCUUCUAAGGAGCCUCUGGGCUCCGUAAAUAACCUAGGCCUUUUGGCUUCGCUGGCUCGAAGCUCGAGUGGAAACACUUCACAGAAGAAUUUUGGUGCGAGUGGUCUGUGUGCAACCUCAGGAGUCCUUCCCAACAGCCUUCAUCUCUUUCAGGAAGACCUGUUAAGAAAAAUGUCACCAGCUGGUGACACUUCUAGCUCUGCAAUGGUUGCUAAUGGCCGUUGUUCCAGUGGAGGCACAUCUGGCUCAUUAAGAAGAGUUGGCACCCCUACAUAUCAUCUUCCACCAGUUAAAGCACCCAUCCCAGCAAAAAAGAAGAAUUCUAAGCAUUGUUUUUUGUGUGGUAAAAAGACAGGACUGGCCACGAGCUAUGAAUGCAGAUGCGGCAACAACUUCUGUGCAGUCCAUCGCUAUGCAGAAACGCAUGAAUGCACCUAUGACUACAAAAGUGCAGGGCGAAGGUAUCUACAGGAGACCAACCCUGUAAUUAGUGCACCAAAGCUUCCAAAAAUCUAAGCGUCCUGUGCUCCCCACAGCGGUAUUCAGCAUUUCUACUGCGGAGAUCACUACUAACUACAGUGUGCAUUUUUAACCUCUCUUGCUCUGAAACAUAAAUGCCAAGCAACAAAAGCACAUUUGUUAUUUAUGAAUAAUGUGGAGCACUACUGUAGUCAGGAUCUUUAAUUUUGUAGCAAAUAAAAACACUCAAGCUGUAAAUAGUUUUCAGAAAUGAGUAUAUAAUAAUGGUUUUAAUUCGGACGUUGCACGUACUAUCUGUGUGGUGUUUUGGGG